AUGGGUCAUGAUUGGAACCCGGUUUCCGUCGAACCUUCCAAAGGUAAUACACCUCCUGUUUUUGCAGCAGCGUUUGUGAAGUUAAUUGGUAUUUCGGCGAAGGUCCAGCUUUUAGUAGUCUUCGAUUCUGCAAUGUCCGAUAAAGAUGACACUGCUUUCGAAGAUGGCGUUGCAGUGGAGGGGAAUCCUCUGAUGCUUGUGAUGGGACGUACCACACCUGGCGUUGGAGAUAUUGGCCGUGAUACGGCGCAACCUGUGGUAUCGCAAGACGAUACUUGGUAUAAUUUGUCUUUUGCAGAAAUUGGACUCGAGCAGUUCGCCGAUUUUGAGCAUCUAUUAGGACUCUUCCAACAUGGCUGGAAUUCGUUUAGCUGA